AUGCAUGUACUAGCGCGGAAUCUAGCUCGGAGAGUCUCAAGAACUCAGGUCAUCAGUCGCAAUGCAUAUUCAACACAAAGGGUCAGAGACAUUGGUCAGCCAACUCCAGCAUCUCAUCCUCAUUUAAUGGCGGAAGGAGAGGUCACACCAGGAAUAAGAAUUGAGGAGUACAUUGGUAGAAGGAAGAAGCUUGUGGAUCUUCUUCCUGAGAACAGCUUAGCCAUCAUUUCUUCAGCACCCGUGAAGAUGAUGACAGACGUUGUUCCAUAUACGUUCAGGCAGGAGGCUGAUUAUUUGUAUCUAACUGGCUGCCAACAACCAGGUGGUGUCGCUGUUUUAAGUGAGGAACGCGGUUUAUGCAUGUUCAUGCCGGAAUCAACUCCUAAUGACAUUGCUUGGCAAGGAGAAGUAGCUGGAGUUGAUGCAGCGUCCGAGGUCUUCAAGGCAGAACAAUCAUAUCCGAUAAGCAAAUUACCUGAGAUUCUUUCAGACAUGCUAAGGAAUUCUUCGAAAGUGUUUCAUAAUGCUGAAAUGGCCUCGCAAAGAUACACAAACUUGAUUGAGUUUCAGAACUCGGCAUCUCUUGGCAAAGUGAAAGCUCUCUCAAGUUUGACACAUGAGCUGAGGUUAACUAAAUCGCCUGCGGAACUCAAAUUGAUGAGAGAGUCUGCAUCUAUUGCUUGCCAGGGUCUUUUGAAAACAAUGCUACAUUCAAAAGGGUUUCCAGAUGAAGGCAUCUUGUCAGCUCAAGUUGAAUAUGAGUGCCGGGUAAGAGGUGCUCAGCGAAUGGCAUUCAAUCCUGUGGUCGGUGGCGGUCCAAAUGCCAGUGUUAUCCACUAUUCACGAAAUGAUCAGCGAAUAAAAGAUGGAGAUCUUGUCUUGAUGGACAUGGGUUGUGAGUUACAUGGUUAUGUUAGUGAUCUUACUCGGACAUGGCCACCUUGUGGAAAAUUCAGCUCUCUUCAGGAAGAGCUAUAUGAUCUUAUACUUCAGACAAACAAAGAGUGCAUAAAACUCUGCAAGCCUGGCACAACCAUCCGCCAACUAAACACAUAUUCGACCGAUAUGUUAUGUGAUGGAUUGAUGAGGAUGGGCAUCUUGAAGAGUCGUAGACUGUACCACCAGCUGAAUCCAACCUCCAUAGGUCACUACCUUGGGAUGGAUGUGCAUGACUCUUCUGCUGUGGGAUAUGACCGUCCUUUGCAACCUGGUUUUGUGAUCACGAUCGAGCCAGGAGUCUACAUUCCAUCUUCAUUCAACUGCCCUGAAAGGUUCCAAGGGAUAGGUAUAAGGAUCGAAGAUGACGUUCUGAUCACUGAGACAGGAUACGAGGUGCUCACAGGGUCAAUGCCUAAGGAGAUCAAACACAUAGAGACAUUGUUGAAUCAUCACUGCCAUGAGAAUGCUACACAAAGCUUCGCCAGUUUCUCUUCGUAA